AUGGCACCUGUUGUGAUCAUGCUGGUGUCUGAUGGGAGCAGAUGUUUGCUGGCGCACCAGGCCAUGUUUCCUCUAGGCAUGUAGAGUGCACUCUCUAGUUUCUGUGACAUGGGAGAGUCAGUGGAGGAUGCCCUGCAGAAAGAGGUGGCAGAAGAGGUGGAGAACAUUCAGUACUCUGGAUCACAGCACUGGCCAUUCCCACAAUUCUCCUUUAUGUUAGCCUGCCACGCAACUGUAAACCCAGCCAGCUGCGGCCGGCUUGAAUGA